UUCUGGAUAGCAAAAGCGACGGUUAAGGAUUAUGGCCGAUCUACAGGCGACCAUUGAAUUUGCGGUCGAGCUAUAUAAGUUCUACAAUGUGGAUCUGUUCCAGCGAGGAUUAUAUCAAGUGCGAUGUUCAUUGCGAGUUUCACCCCGACUGCCUGUUCAGGUGGAGACAUGCCUUCCGGAUGCGUCACAAACGGCGGGUGCACCUUCAGUAGCGGCAUCCGCACCUGCAUCCGCUUCCUCCGGCGGCGGCGGCGGCGGCGUAGGUGGAAUACCAGUUUCGGGAGCCAACGGUUCCACGGGCAGCAGCAGCGUUGCUCCCGGUUCUGCUUCGAGCAAUGCCAACACGCCCAUCUCCACCAAUUCCUCUACCGGCUGCAAUGCGGGUACGACAAGUAGCAGCGGAACGGGGAGCAGCAAUACCACCGCCGCCGGACCGGGCGGUUCGCCUACCACUGCUACCGGGACGGCAGGCUCCACUGCAACCAUUAUCAACGACUGUGGCGCUUCGCGUGUGUUCCAGAUUCUCUACCGUAACGAAGAAGUGUCGCUGCGUGAUGUUAUCAUGUUCCGCGCUCAUUUACUGGUGGACAGUCGACAUCUAAAGGAAUCCAUCGAACGAGCAGAAUUUUCACUAGCCCUGGAGCUGUGGUUCGGUGAGCAGAUAAACGGGAACGGGCUGAGCCUGGCGUCGGCACGGACACUGCAGCUCAACUUUCAUCCAGGCAGAGGUCUGCACUACCAUCUGCCGGUGCUGUUCGAUUACUUUCAUCUGGCGGCGGUCAGCGUUGGGAUACACGCCAGUCUGGUGGCGCUUCAUCAGCCUUACAUCAAUGCUCCGAAAUCAACCAAACCAUGGAUCGGCAGCUCGAAACUGAACUGUCGCGGUGGAAACUCCCCAGGUCCACUGGAGGCUAUCUUUUUCGGACCGCAGGUCGGCAGUGGAGCUAAAUGCGGCGGUGGUUCUGCCGGCCGGCUAAUGCAUGCUCGUAACGUCCAUAAAGAAAUCUGUGCCUUGCUGCUGGGAGCGCUCGAAUCGUUACGACUUUCGUUGCAGGAGUUCUGCACUGUACUACCACACCAAUGGGCAUCCUUGACUGGAUCGACACCACUUUCCAACUUGGACACCGAACAAAGACUGAGGAAGCUGGCAGAUUCGGCGAAGCUGAUGGAUACCGAAGAUGACCUAGCAGCACGUGCCAAUUCCGACAUUGCACAAUUGUGUGCAGAAUGCAUUCUCUACUGGAGGCGUGUACUUUCCGCUGCAACGCAGCCUUCGGUGCACAGUUUGUUGUCAAAGAAACAUCAUAUUCUCCGUGUUAGGCGCUUCGCAGAAGGAUUUUUUGUUAUUGAAAACCCUCGUCAUACUGCAAGCGGGUGCUAUGACUCUAAUUAUCAGAAUUAUGUAUCAAUUUGCGAAAUGGCACGACGAUCUCGAUAUCUGCCAUCGUUACCACCUUUACCGGUUCACUGUACACCUCUAGAUGGAGAUGCGAGUUCCCUUCCGUUGAUAUUUGAGGACCGUUACACCGACUCUAACGAUUACGGCAAACGUCGCUCUGGUAGUGAACCUCACCUCAACGGACACAGUGGAACAUUAGGGAAAUUGAAAACGCACCAUCAUCCAAACAAGAUAGCUCCAAUUCUGAAUACUAAAGAAUGUUCAUGUGGGAUUUCUUCUUGCUAUAUCGAACCAAUGCCAAAAAUUUGUGGUAAUUAUAUGGGACUCAUGACCACGCGUUAUGCGCUUGGUGGAGAUAUUCUGCAAGCUAGCUUAUCAAUUACCCCAGCGGCAGCCGCGUCUCAGAAUGGCCUCUGUACAAAAACACUUUCUCGGCAUUCCGUUUCUACUUUACUAGAGCCCGAGUGUCAAUGGGAUCAGUUUAAGGCAAUAUAUGCUCCUGGUACCGCAGUAUCCGGAGGAACACUACCAACGCGUCACAGUAAAUCUCUGGAUCAGCUUGAAGUGCAAAACACUACCGCAUCCUUACCACGCCAGCACGUCCACCAUGUCAAUUACAAUAAUUACAACAAUCAAAAGCAGAUAAUCUAUCACCAACCUGGCAAUGCAAUCAUACAAGCUAUUCCUGCAAAACCGAAGAAAAACACAGUUCAAGCAGAAGACUUGCUAAAAAAUAUCAACGAAUUCAGAGAAAAAUACAAGAAUCCUGGUGAUUACCGUAAACCCAUUGUCAAUAAUGGAUCACUUGGGUCUGGUGUCUAUGAAUCCAAAGACACCACAUGUCAGUUGAUCAAAGACCACAUUCCCAACCACGUUCAAUCGUCAAAUCGGGCACCCAAAAUGACCAAUGGUUACGCUGUCCCAAAACAUAGCUAUACACAUGACAACAAUCACAAAACACAACAACCUGGCUGCUACUACAAUUCUCUGCCAAAAGGGGCCGGAACGGGCCUCGCAAUACCACCGAGAAAUUCAUAUCCACCAAUACGGAGUAAAAAACAACAAUCAACAGGAUCACUCAACACCAAAACGGACUCGCAUACAAUUCCGCGGAGUAAUUCCUCCUCCCAAAUUCUUCGUGUUGAAAAUGGAUCCUCAAAUGUCAACAGUAAUACUCUCCCUCAUCGACCGAUGGAGUUUGCCCGAAUACGUGUGUCUGAUUUCAAGCAGAUGAUAAAUAAACAACGACGUAACAGUAAAGGCACUAACGGUACUAACGAUUCCAGCAGUACCGAAAGCCCUGCGGUAACUCCAAAGACACGAAGUAAACAGCGACGACUGUUGUCUUCAGCGAGUGUCCCGUUUAAACUGGAAAAUCUGGAACUAGAACAAGCCGGUGGAACUAACGGUUUCAGCGAAAGUCUUCCGAAUCUGGCACCACCUCCUGCAUUCAGCAACUCUCCACAACCUCCAACGCGCUUACGACGAAGGCACUCCAGCAGUGAAUCGACUUCCUCACUCAGUGAGCAAUCGGGGUGGGUCUCCAGCAGACGAAGCAGUAUUCCUUCCAGUCCAGAUACACUGAAAAAUGAUCCUAGGGUAGUCAGUGGUGCUCAGUUGCGAAAAAAACUGUUGAAAUUAUUAAAUGAACAGCCAAGACUGCUAGGUCGCAAAAGUGGUAACCAAUCGCAUGAGUUUUUAGUAAGAAGUAACCAGAGUUCCAUGAAAUCCCGAUCGAACAACGACAACAUUAAAGGUUCUGUUCAAACUGAAAACUGGAAUAAUUUAGAAAAAGAGUGGAACGAACCGAAAUCGUUGCAGAAAACAAUCGACAACAAAAAAAAUUCUCUGCAUAAUACAUUGGAUACACGUCCGUCUAGAAGAAGCACUAAGAAAGAAAAAUCGAAAUCGGACUUUGAUUUAGUCAAUAUUUCUGAUUAUGUCUUCGAAGACCUUCGCUUGUUGCCACCGCAGCAAUUUAGAGAUGCCCCACCACCACCCGACGAGUUUCGAGAUCCUCCAUCACUGGUGGAAGAUAAAUCAAAACAAAAUUUGAUGACUAAAAAGAGUCAUUCCUCACCCAAUCAUGCUCCUAAGAAACCAUCAACGGCACAAAAAUCUCAGCCACCUCCUCCGGUAAUUCCUCAACAGCAAGCAAUCCCUUCGAUGAUUAUCCAACAACAGCAAAUUAUCCCGGCAGCCCAUCAAUACCAAAUUCUCCCAGUACAGCAGCAAAUUCUGCAACAGCCACAGUACAGCAAACCCAUUCUGCAACCGUCAGCAGCGGCACCACUUGUUUUCAAGAAAUAUGAAGUCCAAGCUAUCGAUAAUCCACUCUAUCAUAUAUAUGAAGUCGUCAAAACGCCACGACCGGUUAUCAAAUCGCAAAGCUCUACCGAACUUGCUGCCAUAGCCAAGUGUGCAGAGACGCUUAACAAUCCAAACGCAACCAUCAGCGUUACCAACCAAAAUGGGCAUCAUCAAUCGCAAACCAUUCCAAUUCCUCCCGAACGAAAAUCAUCUAUGCGGGAUUUGUCCCGCGCUCAGCAGUCCAAAGUUGAUGAAGAUGAAAGCAAAAAGCGAAUUGAUCCUCCCCUGCAAUUACUCGAGUUCGAAAAAUGCCGUGAAGAGUUCCGAAAGCAAAUUAACUACUCGGGCUCGAUCUAUUCCGAUUUCCAAAAGCUUGCUUCGGAGAUGCCUUAUUUUCACAUCAGUGAUGAAUUUCGUGCAUUUUCCACCAAAGGUUUACAUUUGGUGAUCUGCGUUCAUGGACUGGACGGUAACUCUGCCGAUCUGCGGUUAGUACGGACCUAUCUAGAACUUGGAUUACCGGGAGCGCACUUGGAGUUUCUCAUGUCCGAACGAAACCAGGGCGAUACGUUUUCCGACUUCGAUACGAUGACGGAUCGGCUAGUGGCGGAAGUUCUGUAUCAUAUUGAAACUUACCAGCUUAAUCCAAACCGAAUAUCAUUCGUUGCCCAUUCGCUGGGUACUAUCAUUGUGCGAUCGGCCUUGGCAAGGCCCCAAAUGCGACCAUUGCUAUCAAGACUGCAUACUUUUUUGUCACUGUCUGGACCACACCUUGGAACGCUAUACAACUCCAGUGGACUGGUGAAUAUGGGGAUGUGGUUUAUGCAGAAAUGGAAGAAAAGUGGAUCCCUCCUGCAGCUAUGUUUAAGAGACGCGCCGGACCUUCGUCAGAGUUUCUUAUUUCGGUUGAGCCAGCGGAGCACUCUGCAUCACUUCAAAAAUGUCCUGCUGUGUGGAUCAUCACAAGAUCGCUAUGUUCCACCGCAUUCGGCACGUUUGGAACUGUGCAAAGCAGCUGUCCGCGAUCAGUCAAAUCUCGGCGUUGUAUAUCGGGAAAUGGUUCAAAACAUCAUCGCCCCAAUGUUGGCGCGGCCGGAUUUGACGCUAGCCCGAUAUGACGUACACCAUGCUUUGCCAAACACAGCAAACGCAUUGAUUGGCCGCGCCGCUCACAUUGCCGUGUUAGAUUCGGAAUUGUUUAUCGAAAAGUUCUUACUGGUUGCUGGUUUAAAGUAUUUCAGCUAG